AUGGGAAAAUCACUCUGCAUAACAUCACAUAUUGCUCCUGCGCCAACGCCAACGCCACUUGCAACAAAUUACUGUCAUAAUGGCCCGACUGGGAGAGAGGAACGGGGCCGGCUGACUCCGUUGGAAAGAUGUCUGAGAAACCCACCUCUUCCUGGAGAUACCGGGUCACAAUCUACAACCCUAAAAAUACUUGCUCCUCUCGAAGUUGGCGAUUACCACAACGCACAAGUUUUCGUCGCCGAAAGGCAGGACGCUGACGCUGCUAACAACCAAAAGAAGAAGGUUGUGGCCAAGGUGUACAACCCUCUCUACUUUGACGACCUGGGCGGUUAUCUUAAUCCUUUUCGAUGUGUGGACAAACACUAUACCCAUGAGGUGCAUACCUAUGCCUUACUUGCCCAUCUUCAAGGAACCCUUAUCCCAACGUUCUAUGGGUCAUUUUCGCUCGAAAUCCCGGUGCCAGGGCCAGCGACCCGCGUUGUGCGAUUGAUUUUGAUUGAAUACAUUCCUGGAAUAUGUAUGCUUCAGGCUCAUCCAGAAGAAUACCCUUUGCACAGCCGCCAGGAAAUCAUAAAAUGGAUUAUUGACUUUGAAAGCCGAGUUUUUCAACUUGACAUUGUCCUCACCGAUCUGUGUCCAAGAAAUUUGAUGCUACUUGACCCGUCUGAUCACCCACAAAGGAUGAUUGUCUUCCUCGACUUUGGAGGCGCAGUCUAA